AUGAUACUUGUCCAGGAAAAAUACAAAGUCGCCCUUGAAGCAACGUGUGGUCUUGAUAUGUUAGAUGAACCGAUUUUUUAUGCUGAUGCAUGGGCAGAAGUGACGAAUGGUCCACACAUGGGUUGUGUAUAUGGAUUUACACCGGCUGAAAGGGCUUCACUCAUUCUUGGUUCAUUAGUUUCAGAAAAUGACGACAACAAUGAAGAUGUGAAUGAGAAACUCAAAGCGAUGCAAGAAAUUAUUGAUGAGCUGACGAAGAGUAGAGUCGAAGUAGAAAAAGAGAUUCGCCAAGAGUUAGUGGAAACGAUGGCUAAUGAAAUUACGGAGAUGAAGCGGCAAUCCAAGGAGGAAUUAAAUGAAAUUAAACUGGAAAUGAAACGUCAAUCAAAAAGGCAUCAUAAAGAACUGGGUUAA